AUGGCCAAACCAAAGGCUUCAAACAAGUCCAAAUCUGGCAUCGCAAAGGCCGGCUCCAAGGUGCCAGUCAAGGCAUUGCCUGUCACCUUGUUGUCUGGCUUUCUGGGAAGUGGUAAAACCACUCUACUUCAGCACAUUCUUCGAAGCGAGCAUGGCCUAAAGAUUGCCGUGAUCGUCAAUGACAUUGGAGAAGUCAAUGUCGACGCCAACCUCAUCCGCAGCACACAUCGUCUCACCAAGACCGAGGAGAAAGUCAUCGCUCUUCAAAACGGUUGCAUCUGCUGCACACUUCGUGGCGAUCUUCUCGAAGAACUUGUUCGUCUGGCAGAGCUUGCUGAGUUCGACUACAUCAUCGUCGAGAGCAGUGGUAUCAGUGAACCUGAACAAGUUGCCGAGACCUUCGAUGCACGUUUGGCCGAGCAAAUUAGCGAGCUGGGCGACGGUCCAGAAGGGCUUGAUGAGGGCACCCUCGCCGCUCUGAAAAGAAUCAAAGAAGCCGGUGGACUGGAGAAGUUCGCCAAACUGGACACCACCUGCACUGUUAUCGAUGCCUUUACCAUGUACCACGACUUCGAGACCACAGACCUUUUAUCUUCCCGCCGUGAUGAUGUCGUUGCGGAAGAUGAGCGGACUGUAUCGGAUCUAAUGGUCGAUCAGAUCGAGUUCGCUGACGUGAUUGUCCUGAACAAGAUUGACAUGGUUUCCAAGAAGACAAAGGACAGUAUCCUCGACUUGAUCAGGAAGCUGAACCACCGCGCCAAGAUCAUCGAGAGUAGCUACGGCAAGAUCAAUGUUCAAGAGAUUGUCAAUACUGGAAUGUUCAACCUCGACGUUGCUCAGACUGGCUAUGGCUGGUUGCAGGACUUGCAUGCCAUGACCAUUCGAGAGGUCAACGGAAGGAAGAUGGUGACACCCAAGCCAGAGACUGAAGAAUACAACGUUCGCAACUUCGUCUACGUCCGCCAUCGGCCCUUCCAUCCCCGUCGCUUGUUUGCUUUGCUGCAUGACAAAUUCAUCCUUCAACACCCAAUGGAGGAUGAAGAUGGAGAGGAUGAAGAUGACGCUGACGAAGAAAUGGAAGACGUUGACGAAUCUGAUGAAGAAGAAGAAGACGAGGAAGACGCCGAUGAGAUUGAAGAGGACCCCCUGGAGAUCCCGGACCCAUCUGUCAUUCUUGCUGCCAAGCGCGCUCACCCCUUGUUCUCUCGCCUUUUCAGAUCCAAGGGCGAGUACUGGCUUGCCACCCGGCCCGGCCGCGCAGGCGAAUGGUCGCAGGCCGGCGCAAUGCUGACACUCGCUGGAGGUCGUCCAUGGUUCGUCUGUAUUGACCGCAGCGAGUGGGAGACGGGUAACCAGGAUAUCGACGAGCUUGUCGAGCACGACCUCGCUGCAGGCGGCAAAUGGGGUGAUCGCCGACAGGAGCUUGUCUUCAUCGGUGAAAACCUAGAUAUCCCUGGUAUCGAGGCGACCCUAGAUGCUUGUCUGCUCACAGAUGAGGAGUGGAGGAGUUGGCAGAAUGUGAUGCUCAAGGGCCCCGGAGGUCCCAACAAGAUGGAAAAGGCCGAGCAAGCGGCCAAGGAGAAGAAGCUAGCCGAUCUCUUUGAUGAUGGCUUCCCAGACUGGGACGAGCCCGAGGAGGAGGGCGACGAGAUGGAUCACGACCAUCAUGGACAUUCACACAACGGCCACUCCCACCCGCACACUAAUGGUAAUGGUGCGGUCAAGAGUAAUAAGCCGAAGCACGGCAUCAGGAAGGAUGGUACCACCUAUUAG